GACGUGGGUUUGAAUGGGGGUAAUUAUAGGUAGACACUAUAAAAAGUGGUGCGACUUGCAGAAGUAUCCAUGAUCCAGUUCAAGUCCAAGACUUUCAGAUCUGAAAAUCAUCUACGCUAUCACCAGCUCUAUCAUAACGGCCUAGAGACUUUGAGUUCUUUUAAAAGCCCGAAGCUUAGAAAGAUGUGGAGUCCUGCAGUGAUUCUGUGUUUCGCCCUUUUGGUAUUGACCAAAUCGUGUCAAGGGCAAACCUACGUCCUGGAAGCCUACAUUGUGGCAGAUGAUAGUGCUGUACAGAACCAGGUCAGGGAGAUAGCAACAACUGAGUCCUACUCCGUUAAGUACACCAAGGCCGUGGCCAACCUGCGCAAGGACAUUGACUACAUUGUAACUCAGGUGAAUGUACUCCUGGGCUCACUCAGUCAAAAUGGGGUCACAAUGGAAAUGCGUAUUCGAAGGUUGGAUAUCUUAAGCGGAAACAUCAUCACGACCUUUAUGCCAGGUACCUCGUACGUUGUGGAUAGCAUUGUUGCCAGGAACUCUUUUCAAAACUGGUUAAAUCUGCAAAACGCUUAUGCUAACAUCAAUUACGACUUUGCUAUGCUUUGGACAGGAUUUAACCUUUACGGAACUAGCGGUCUUGCAGACAACAGUAUAACUAACGUUGCACAAAUGUGUGGAGCAGCGGGUAUCACAGUGGUGGAGUUCGAUCCUACAGCCAGAGAAGCUGUGGCCACAGCACGUGCUAUUGGAAAUCUACUUGGAGCCAGCAAUGAUGGGGCUCUGUCUACUUCAAUUAUGGCAAUUAUCAACGCCCCCGGAGAUGUCAAUCGUUGGUCUUAUUCAACCUGCAGUGCCAGCAGUAUCAAAGACUUCAUAAAACUCCCCAAGGCCAGCUGUCUUCUGUCCACCAACAUUGCUUCGACCAAGCCUUCAGUGACCUUCUCUAGCUACACUGGCAACCUGUUUGACCCUGACAUCAUCUGCCAGAGAGCUCUUAAUGACUCCAGGACUUACAUGUGCAAGAGUCUGCCUCAGAUCUACAACAACUUGUUGCCCAAAGGUAACGCUGUAUGUGGCCAGAUCUUCUGCAGAAUCCCUAAUACCAUGACCUGCACUCCUGUUUACACCUCUGACGGAUUGGUUUGCGACAACCAGAAAAGAUGUUCUCUAGGACAGUGUUCCUCCUAUUCCACUCCAGUCGUUGACACCAACUGUGUCUUUGGCAAUCAGAAAAAAUUGGAAUUCCCAGCCGUCCCAUUCUAUGGGACAUGCCAAGCCUUUAUCAGCCAGUACGGCGCUGUGAACUGCUACUCAUCUCCAAUCAAUGAAUCCUGCUGCAGCACGUGCAAGUCCUACAAUAACGGAAGAGUUGGCUGUGAAUAUGGUGACCGAUCCUUAGACUGUGUGAAGUACACCAAGGCUGCCAUAUGCCCCACAUAUAAGAACACUCUGUGCUGCGGAUAUUGCUAUAACUACGUUGGCAAGAGAUCCCCAUCGGAUGAGCCAGUUCCCAAGUUAAACAUCACUCUUCCAAAGAUAAUAGGUCAGGAGCCUGACAUCAUGCCCUUUGAAGAAUUCAACAGCCAGCCCUAGUUCUUUCAUUGACUUCUUGUUCAUGUAUCCAAAGUUUAAUUUGUGGUAAUAUGCUAUCUCAUAGUAAGCAGCGUAGAUCUUGUCUAAUGACAAAUUUAAAAUAUAUUUCUUUUCUUUAUAUAGUAGGGAUAUUGGUAAACAUGAACAAGAAUGGUGUGAUAUGUAAGCUGUUUUAUGUAGACGAGCGAAUAACUUGUUGUUGCUAUUAUCCGAUGUGGCUAUGUGUAAACAAUAGUAAAUAGUGCAUUCUGCCAUAAAUAUUAUAAAUUCUUACAAUGUAAAGCUUCAUAGUAAUACACAUUUUUUGGCUUAUGUUUCCGUUCUACGAAAUGUUCAGUAUAAUGGAGAUCUCUACGAUAAAUUUAACAAUGUCCAGGAUGAACAGGAUGUUAAAGUGAACUUUAAUGUUGCUAACAGCGUAAAAGCUAUAAAAGGAAGAGCUUAGACUUAACAUAGGUUAAAAUUGUGUUACUUUAAUAGGUUAUAAUUGUGUUACUUUAUUGUAACAUGCAUACAUUUUCAAUGAUAUAUUUUAUUGUUAAUAAGCUUUUGCUUUUUUUAGAAAAUAAAUAUCAAAAAUUAAAAUCCUCUUGUAGCUUCA